AUGGCUUUCACCGGGAAAUAUGAGCUGGAGAGUCAGGAGAACUACGAGGAGUUCCUGGAAGUUUUGGGGCUUCUCAACGCCAAGACCGACCACAAAGUGGUGACGGACGUGGUUCAGGACGGGAACCACUUCACCUGGACGCAAUCCAUCCCCAACUGGACCUGGUCCAAUAGCUUCACCAUUGGCCAGGAGUGUGAGCUGUUGACGAUGAAGGGCCCCAAAUUCAAGGCCACGGUCACGAUGGCCGACAGCAAGAUUUCAAUAGAGUUUCCUCAGUACAACUUCACAGCAGAGAUGAGUGAAGAUAAACUAGUGAUGAUCUGCAUAACUCCAGGAGAGAAGGGUGUGACUUUCAAAAGAGUCAGCAAAAGGAUCUAA